AUGACGAAGAUGGAGAUUCAAGCAUCCUCUACGCAAGGCAUGCAAUCAGCAGACAAGGAUUCCAGCGUUUGGUCAAGUUUAUUUUGUUGUGUUUGCAAGAGGCGGCAUUGGAGUUUGAGCCGGGAGCGCAUGCCAAAGCUCCAAAGGCUCAAGCUGGUACUACCGGCACGGUGCCAGUUCAAGUAUGGGGAAGGUGGCCUCAAACAUAUGGCUGUCGAUAUUUACUGCGGCGAUGCUGUUGCAGACGAGGUGGAGGCUUUGGAGGAUGACAUCAGGGGCGCAGCAGCCGUGCAUCCCAACCGUCCCACACUCCAGGUCGAAAGAAUUUAUCAAGGUCUCAUAAUUAUUACUACAACACGCAAGAAAGUAGUAGCCAACAAAUGUUGUACUGGUAUUGCCCCACAAAUGUAUGAAGCCAAGCCACUUAGUGAUGAGGACUCUCAGAGAUUAUUCUUUACGAGGCUAUUUUCCUCCAGUGAUGAUUGUCACCCAGAUUUGAGAAAAGUAUCCGAUGAUAUUUUGAAGAAAUGUUGCGGCUUACCAUUAGCCAUAAUCAGUAUAGCUGGUUUAUUAGCAAACAGAAGCAAAACAGUGGAAGUCUGGGUCAAUGUAUUGAGAUCUAUUCCUGCUGCAGUUGACAAAGAUUCUCCCAUUGACAAGAUGAAAAGAAUUCUGCUGCUGAGUUACUUUGACCUUCCUCACCAUCUAAAGAGCUGUUUGCUAUAUCUGAGUGUGUUUCCAGAGGAUUCUUUGAUUGACUGCCGACAAUUGAUAUUGCUAUGGGUAGCCGAAGGACUGAUUCCUGGACAAGAUAGAGAAACUAUGGAGCAGCUUGGGAGAAGUUACUUGAAUGAGCUGAUCAAUAGAAGCUUGGUCCAGCCAACCAAGGUUGGGGCAGAUGGCGCAACCGUGAAACAAUGCAGAGUUCACGUGCUGGUCGAAAAACAUGCCUCUGAGUUUUUAAACAGCCAAGUCUUGCGAGUGCUGAAUAUAGAAAGUCAUGUUGUUGGAUGCAAUCUUGGACAUGUCAAAAGUUUUGGUCAAUUGAAGCACUUGUGGGCAGGCCAUCAAUUUAUCGGGGUCACCAAGCUUCCAGAAGACAUAGAAAAGCUGCAACAUCUAGAGACACUAGAUUUGAGAGGGGCCCGUCUUGAAAACCUACCAGCAAGUAUUAUGCUGUUGCAGAAGCUAGUGCGUCUUUUUGUCCGUCACUCAGUGCACCUGCCCGAUGAAAUCAGAAAUCUGCAGGCGUUGGAAGAGCUAUCAAUGAUCAAUUUGGGUAUUCAAUCUGUAGAGUUUAUCCAAGGACUCGGUGAUCUGACCUAUCUGAAAGUACUUGAAAUUGAUUGGCCAUGCUCUACUGAAUUACGUGAUAUGAAGGAUCACAAGAAAGCUUGUAUCUCAACGCUCUCCAGGUUGUUCAGGCACCUGCGACAACUACGCAUGAGGGGGAGUGGUCCUGAUGCCACAUGUUCGUUCAUGGCUUCGUGUGUCCCUACUCCAUCACCGCUUCAAAUGCUUCGUCUUGGUACACAUAACUUAAAUAGGGUGGGCCCUCAAAUUAGCUCACUAGUCAACCUGUCUCGCCUCCGCAUUGAUGUUUAUGGUGAAGCAGGCAAGGAAGGAAUAAAUAUCCUAGCAAGUUUACCCAUGCUGCUCUCUCUUACUGUUAUAUUAUUCAGUGACGGAGAUGGAGAUUCAAGCAUCCUCUACGCAAGGCAUGCAAUCAGCAGACAAGGAUUCCAGCGUUUGGUCAAGUUUAAUUUCUGCUGUUGGCGCGAGGCGGCAUUGGAGUUUGAGCCGGGAGCCAUGCCAAAGCUCCAAAGGCUCAAGCUGCAACUGCUGGCAUGGUGCCAGUUCAAGUAUGGGGAAGGUGGCCUCGUCCUUGGGCUGCAGAAUCUGGGACUAGGCCUCAAACAUGUGGCUGUCGAUAUUUACUGCUCUGCUGCUGUUGCUGACGAGGUGGAGGCUUUGGAGGAUGACAUCAGGGGCGCAACAGCCGUGCAUCCCAACCGUAGUUCAUACUAUCGUUUGAUAGAAAAAUAUCGGUGCCCGGCGGUAGAAACGAAUUUCGCGAAUUUCGGUGAUUUUCGGAUUUUCUCGGUGAAAAAUUUGCCCGAACUAACUUUGAAAAAAUAA